AAUGUAUAUGACUAGGAGGCGGUAAAUUCCACAUCUCAAAUUAAAAAGAAGAAAACCCUAAUGAAAGGGGGAGAAAGGAUGGAUCAUAAUCGGAACUAUGGGGAGUAUAGCCAUCAUCAAGCAGCUGAUAAUUUGGUUAAUUUGUUCACCAAAGCAAACCAUGAUCUUCUUGUAGUUCAGUACAAGCUUGAGAAGGAGUUUCAACAAAUUUAUCCCGAUAAUGCGAAUCCUAUGAAAUUGGUGUCUCGAAUAAAGAAGAUGCAAGAAGAGUUGUCGAGCUUGACCAACCAGUGCCGUGAGCUUCUAUCGGCCAAACAGGAUUUGAUUGAUAAGGCUAGAACCGUUCUUGUCGGGAACAGAAAUUUAGUCCAGCGUAUGCAAGCAUCAACGGGCAUUCCCCUCACUAGUGAUUCUGAUGAUCCAGCGUUGACUAAUUUCAAUCAGAUCAUCGAUGAGUGGACGGUCCAAGUCAGAUCAAGAAUAGGAGAGGAGAUGCAGGAAUCGGAGCCUGAGGAUAUUAACAAAUUACUAUUCUCAGCUAUUGUUCCGAGCAACUGAACAACUUUCCCCUUGUGAUCUCCAAGGAUGAUGAGUUGAGGAAUCAGAAUAAGUCGAGUGUUCUAGUCCAAAAAUUUGCAUGAAAGUACUGAUUUAUUCUCUUUUGCCUAAACCCUUUUAAAACUUUGUUUGCUGUCCGGCGACGAUGGUAUGAUAGUCGGUCAUUGUUUGUUGAUCUACCGUUACUUUAGAUUAGAUCAUUGAUUUCUUUAUAUAAUGCUUGUAAUCAUCGCAUAUAUAUUAUAUUUUGAAUUACGAUAAAAUUGUCUCUAUAGGUAGUCAUUUUAAGCGCA